AGGAAUACUUGUACGAGUAGUCCGUAGCAUGAAAGGAUAAAACCUUCGUCAAGACAUCAACUACCAUAACUACCAAAAUAUUCCCAAGAUUUGAGCCCUUUCCCUCCUUUUUAAUACCUUUCAUUUUCCUCAUUUCUGUUCGUUGCUGCUCACUGUUCGUUGUCGCAGCAAACUUCAAAUCGCUUAAUCUCUCUCAUUUCAUCAUCAAAUCUUGUCUCAAAUCUUUGCAUUUUUUAUCCUCUAUACUGCUCUAUGGAUAAAGGCAUUAAAAGAAAGCCAAGAAGAUUGUUGAAUGCUAUGAUGAAGAACACUGCUGAUGAGAAUUCUGAAUUGAUAGUUCGAGUUACUAGUGCUUUUGAAGACACAAUCGAAAGUUGGCCUGCGAUUAAGGUGCUGCGCGAAAUGAGCGUAAAUUUUGGUCUAAUCAAAGACUUUGGCAAGCUUGUUAAAUCAAUCAAAAAUGAGCUUAGGCGGAGUAAGACCUUUUACGUGAAAAAGCUUCCGAUUGUGAGAGGGCUGUUCAAGAAGCGUGUCAACUCUAUGAAAUCCUGGAACAAAAGGAUUUCUAGAGUUUCUUGCGUAUCUCGGACCGAGUUAAAGAAGAUGCUUAAUGUUGCAGUCAAUUUAAACGUAAUGGUGAUGAAUAUGUACAAUAGUUUGGAUGCAAAAGCUUGUACAUAUUCUGCUCUGCCUAUUGAGAGUAAGAAAACAUAUUUGAUAGCGCGUAAAGUAGCUCCCAGAGGUUUAGCCAAUAAGUUCAUCGUGAGUAAUACCGUCGAGGAUGGAUUGCCCGGAAAGAUCUGGAAUGCUGCUAUCAAACUUAAGCUUUCUGUUUUAUUUGGCCCCUUAGAGAAUUUCGUGAUCUCCUGAUUUGUUUGAGGAUUCAUAGCAGAGGUAUAGAAGUAUAUAGUAUAUGGAGUAUUAUUCAUACAUAGGAGAAGUAAACGGCAUAUUAGUAUAUGGAGCAUGCGUGCUUAUUAGUGUAUGUUAUAUAGUAGAGUACGGAGUAUAUGGUAUACGACAUAAAAGUGUAGUGUAUGGAGCAUGUGUGCUUAUUAGUAUAUGGUAUAUGGUAAGAGUACGUACUACGUAGUAAAUGGUAUAUAGUACUAGAGUAUAUGGUAUAUAGUAUAGAGAUGAACAAAGAAGUUUUGAUAUAUCAGUAUGCGGUAUAUGGAAUAAUGGAGUAUGAGUGUCAAUUGUAUAUAGUUUUGCCAACACUCGUAUAUUGUUGUUGGAAUGCAUGUGGCAUGACAGUAUGACACAUGUGGUUGGAAUGGCAUAUUAGUAAUGAAUAAUGAACAAUUUUGUGAGAAAUCAUUAUUGCAGUAGAUACUUGUUGUUACAUUUUUGCUUA